AAGAAGAAACUCCUUUGAUCCUACUGAAUGAACGUGCGACACCGAUACGUCGUUUUUUUCACUUUUAGAGAAAACUGGUUCGUUUAGAGACGAAGUGAACGUCUCAGUUGGAAGUGAACAUGUCGGGGAUACCUCCGGACACAUGGCAGCCGCCCACAGUGGCUCUGGAGACAACGAUGGGGUCCGUGGUGCUGGAGCUGUACUGGAAUCAUGCGCCGAAGACCUGCAAGAACUUCGCCGAGCUGGCGAGGAGAGGCUACUUCAACAACACCAAGUUCCACAGGAUCAUCAAGAACUUCAUGGUGCAGGGGGGAGACCCCACAGGCACAGGUCGAGGUGGUGCCUCUAUAUAUGGUAAACAGUUUGAAGAUGAGCUGAACAGGGAACUGAAGUUCACAGGUGCAGGUAUUCUGGCGAUGGCCAAUGCCGGACCGGACACCAAUGGAAGCCAGUUCUUCCUCACUCUGGGACCCACCCAGUGGUUGGAUGGAAAGCACACUAUAUUUGGACGAGUAUAUCAGGGGAUGGGGUUGGUGAACCGCAUCGGCAUGGUGGAGACAAACAGUCAAGAUCGUCCAAUGGAGGAUAUCAAAAUACUUAGAACUAAUUUGCCCAAUUGAGAAAAUGUCAAUUUUUUUUUUUUACUGCCUUGUUUGAAUAAAUAAAUAAAUACCUGUAUAAUUAG